UGAAGGUACUGCAUCAUUCUGCCAGCCUCACAGAUAGAAUUUAAAGGUCUUUCGAGUGGGAGUAGAUCGUCAGCUGGACAAAGCUUUUUUGAAGAAUGACGUCGAGGUGCCCCAGAUGCACAAAAGAUGUGUUUUUUGCUGAGAAAGUGAGCUCGCUGGGGAAGAACUGGCACCGGUUCUGCCUGAAAUGCAAACGCUGUAACAAAACCCUGUCGGCUGGCAACCACGCUGAGCAUGAUGGACUGCCCUACUGUCACAAACCAUGCUAUGGAACUCUCUUUGGACCCAAAGGUGUGAACAUUGGAGGGGCAGGCUCCUACAUCUACGAGACUCCUCAACCCACCUUCGACUGCCCCUCCGAGGGAUCCCCCACCACACCAUGGACCACCAUGCAGGUCACCUGGAACCAACCCAAAGUUCUUCCCCCUCCAACCAGGACAUUUGCUGGAGAGACCUCACUCUGUCCUGGCUGUGAGAAAGUGGUCUAUUUCGCAGAGAAGGUGAUGUCCCUGGGUAGGAACUGGCACAGACCGUGCCUGCGCUGUGAGAGGUGUAAGAAGACACUGACCUCUGGUGGACAUGCUGAGCAUGAAGGGAUACCUUACUGCCACGUCCCUUGCUACGGCAUCCUGUAUGGACCAAAAGGAGUGAACAUCGGCAACGUGGGCUGUUACAUCUACGAGAAAGAAGGCAUGGCACAAACUGAAAUACCCAGCCAGUCCUAGCCACACACUGAAAAGGCUAUAUCGUACCCUGUCCGCACGUCCUCGACAUCCUGGAUGGUCUCCGGUAGACAGCGGCCCCGUGUCUCUGGCAGCAUCCUGGCCACCAGGCUAGCCAGCAGAGCUAUGGAGCAGAGGAGGACCUGUGGAAGGUCCCUCCACACCUCGUCCAGCAGCAGGAUCAGAGGGGCCAGAGACACUCCCAGACGACCCAUGGAUGAGUUGUAGCCCAUGCCAUUCUGCCUGAGAGACAGAGAGAAAGACACAGAACACAUGUUUUGACAUGUCUUUAGUUACACUUUAAAUCAGAAUCCCAAUCUCCUGAUGUUGAUCUCUUUCUGUAUUUUUUCCAUUCUUAAUGACAUUUCCACAGGAAAGUUGAAAGUAAAGGGGCAUAGAUAGGAAAGUGACCAAGGUGGGAACCCCCAUCGCCAGGGGCAUGUGGUUUUGAGUCCGCAGUGCAACCACUACACUAAAUCCCCAUCAAGUAUUCCUUUGUUAAAGAGAGAGUAGAGAGGAGAAUCAUUUACCUGACCACAGUAGGGAACAGUUCAGAGCUGUACAACACAACGGUUGUGAAGGAUGUUGCCGAGCAACCCUUCCCCAGCACCGCCACCACCGUCCUUAAAACAGACAUGUCUGAAAGAGAGGAUGGGAACAACAUGACCUUUAACUCAAAGUUACGCACCUCAUUUAAAUCUUGAGGAUGAGUCCAUGAAUAAAUGAAACAGACUGGAACAUAUCCCAGCAGUACUAGACACUUUGUACUAUUAAAAAAAAUUGUAUUUAAAUUUUACCUUUAUUUAACCAGGCAAGUCAGUUAAGAACAAAUUCUUAUUUUCAUUAACGGCCUAGGAACAGUGGGUUUACUGCAUGUUCAGGGGCAGAACGACAGAU